AUGUUUAGGUGCAUUAUAAUAAUAUUUAUUUUUAUAUUUUAUAUAAAAAACAUUAUCGCAAUAUGUCCAUUAAAUUAUUAUAAAAAUGAUGGUAAUUGUACUAGUACCGAAAAAGGGCUUUCAUCAUUAAAAAUUAUUUAUUGUAAUUUUAAAAAUACAUCAACAAACAAAAAAUCAAUUUUAAGUGUUUUAAAGAAUCCAAUUGAAGAUUUUUCAAAUAUUACAUUUCCAAAAAUAAAUGAAGGUGAUCAAAGUACAUUUUUAAAUUUUUUACCAAGAUAUCCAGAGAGUGAUGAAGAAACAUGUAAGAAUCUAAUAAUUAAUGGUGGUGAUAUGAAAUAUUUAUCAAUUUUUAAAACACAAACUAUUGAUUUAUUUGAAACUCAAAAAAGGUACUUAUGUGAUAAUGAUAUUAUAAAAUAUGAAUAUUUCUAUUUAGAAAAUCAAUCACCAUGUCAAUAUAUUUCAUAUGAUUAUUAUUAUCCACCAAUUUCAAAAUUGUAUAAUUAUAUGUGUCCAGAACAUGAUCUAGAAGAUUUCACCAAUAUAUUAUCAUUAACACCAAAUAGUAAAUGUCCAUCAACUGAAAUAUAUGAUCAAUCGAUUGAUUUAGGUUCAAAAAUUACAUUUCCUGAUACUUGUUCAAUAAUUUGUCAACAUGGUGAUUGUAUUAAUUCAAAAUGCGAAUGUCAUUCAAAUUGGAAUGGUGAAAAUUGUAAUUUAAAAUCAUGUGAAAUUGAUAAUGAUUGUUCAGAAUUACCAAAUAAUUUUUGUUCAAAUAAUAUUUGUAAAUGUAAAGAAGGUUUUAUUGAUAAUAAUACUGGUAUUUGUAUUGACGAGAAUGAAUGUUUAACAAAGAAACCAUGUGAUUCAAAAUUCUCAACAUGUGUUAAUUCAAUUGGUUCAUUUAAAUGUAACUGUAAUCAAGGUUUUAUGAAAUAUCAAUCAGUGAAUUCAGCAACAUGUUUAAAUAUUACUAGUACAUCAAUAAAUCAACAAAAUGAAACUUUUAUUUGUAAUAAAGAAACAGGUGCUUGUGAUUGUAAAGAUGGUUUUAAAUAUUUAAAUUCAAAUUGUGUUGAUAUAGAUGAAUGUUUAUUAAUGAAGCCACCAACAGAAGAUGCAACAACAACAUCAAUACAAUGUCCACUUAAUAGUAUUUGUGAGAAUUUAUAUGGAUCUUAUAGAUGUAAAUGUGAAAUUGAUUAUAUUUAUUAUAAUGAUAGUUGUAUUAAAUCCCCAACAUUUUCAAAUAUAAAAUUAAGUUCAACAAUUAAAGGAUUAUUAUCAAUGAGAGUUGAAACCUCAAAUUUAGAUUUUACAAAUAUAUUUAAAUCAGUAGUAGUUGGUGGUGGUGGUAGUGGUAGUGGUAGUGACUAUUUGAAAUGUAAUAAUAUGACAAUGGAAUUUAACCAAACCAAUGGUAAUAGUAUGAUUAGUUGUAUUUUAGAAAGUGGAAUAAAUUAUAAUGGUUUAUCAUUAUCUAUUCAAUUAUAUGAUAAUAGUAUUAAAAAGAUUGUUGAUAAAUUAUCAAUACCAUUUAUAAAAUCAAUUGAAAAAUCUCCAACUUUGGGUGGAAUUAUUAAAUUGAAUGUAAACUAUUAUAAGAAUUUCACUCAAUCCGAUAGUGUAAUCAUAUCAAUUAAUAAUAAAAUCGUACCAAUUAAAUCAAUUAAAAGAAAUAUAUUUUCAAUUGAUAUUGAAAGAGGAUCAGGUUCAAAUUUACCUCUUUCAUUAAUUGUUAAUGACGAAUUGUCAACAGAUUCACUAGUAUUUCAAUAUCAAGAACCAUUCAUUGAAAAUUAUACAACCGUUGGUUUUAAAAUGGGUGGUUAUAUCACAAUAUAUGGUAAUAACUUUGGUAAUGAUACAUCACUAAUUUCAGUAAUAUUAAAAGAUAAACAAGAUAAAAAACCAAUUCAAUGUUUAAAUUUACAAUUAUUAAAAUUUGAUACAACAAUUAAAUGUUUAUUACCGCCAUCUGUAAUUAAUAAUAAUAAUAAUAAUAACAGUUCAAUAUCAUCAUCAUCAUCAUCUUCUUCUUCUUCUUCAACAACAACAACAACAAAUUCAAACGAUAUGAUUGAUAUUGAUGAAAUUGAUAUUGAAAAAUUAAUUUGGGUUACAGUAAAUAAUUUAACAUCAAAAGAUUUAAUAUUUUUUUAUUAUGAUUUAGAUGAUAAAUACUAUAAUUGUGAUGCAUUAACAACUUGUUCAAAUCAUGGUCAAUGUCAAUUUGGUCAAUGUGUUUGUAAUCAAGGUUGGUCAGGUCCAAAUUGUAAUGUUCCAGUUUUAUUAAACUCUCCCAAUGAUAAUGUAUCAAGUGAGCCAAAGAAACCAUUAAUUCAAGAUUUCAAUACAAAUGAUCCAUUACAAAAAAUUAAAACUGAUAAUGGUACAAUCUUCUUAUUUGGUAUAAAGAAUUUAAUUGAAUAUACAUUUGAUGGUGAAAUAGUUGAAAAGGUAGAUUUAUCAAUUCAAGCUGAUUGGAAAGUCGGUGAAACUAUUAUUGAUCCGGAUUUCGGUAUAAUUAAAAACUAUACUAGUAUCUUAUUCAAUUAUGCAAAGAUUACCUUAGUAUUUGUUGAACCAUUGUCAUUGAGAAAUCAAAGCAAUAAUGAAAAUUUUAAAAAUUAUAAUUCAAAAUAUUUACCAUUAGAAUAUGGUAGUAUAAGAUUAUUAAUAAAUAUUAAUGACUGGCCAUUCCAAGAACGUACAAAUUACUUAGAUAUUGUUAUGGAAAGUACAAAUAUUAUUAAAGAUAAAUCAAGACCAUUAUGUCGUACAACUUCAUUCACUAGAUUUAGUCAAACUCCUUGGGUUUUUGAAAAAGAUAAUAAUAACAAUAACAAUUCAAAUACAAAUUCAAAUAAUAAUAAUAAUAAUAAUAAUAAUAAUAAUAAUAAUAAUAAUAAUAAUAAUAAUAAUUAUAAUUAUUUAAAUUCAAAAAAAUUAAAUUCAACCGAAAUUAUUUGGUAUUUAACUACAAAUGAUUAUGUUUCAUUAUAUGUUCAAUUUAUUAAUAAGAUUAAAAUUGAUAAUAAUAUUAGAACAAUUAAAAUUUUAAAGAAAUCAGUAACUCAUGGAAAUAGCACAGUGAAUGUAAUUUUAAGAAUUCCAUACUUUAAUCAAUCAAUUUCAUUCAAUCCAACUGAUUAUAAAAUCAUUUCAAAUGAUCAACCAUAUAUAAAUACAAAUUUAACUUGUGUUGUACCACCUGAACCAACAAAUAAUAAUAAAUUAAUACUUUCAGCUGUUGGAUUUUUAGUUGGUCUAUUAGCAUUAUUUACCGCUAUCUCUUUAUCUUGGUAUAUUAUUAGAAAAAAGAAUUUAAAAAAAUUAAAUAACCAAAAACAGUCAACUGAUUUUGAAUCAACAAUAAUACCACCACCACCACCAAUAACAACAACAAUAAUUGAAUCAAUUUCAACACCAUCACCACCAACUAUAACACCACAAUAA